GUACACGAAGAAGAAGAAGAAGAAGCAACAUGCUAGAAACAGCUGUGAUACAGCUACAGUGUGUUAGCCAGCUAUCAAAACACAAAUGUUUGUGUUUAUGAUAACAAACUGAUGGUCCUGAACUGUAUUAGCUUUGGCAGCUUUAACAGAGAGUUGUAUUUAGCCUUUAGCCGAGUAGCUUGCAAGUCAUCUUGUUAGCUAGCUGGACGUGUAGCUAGCCGGCUAAGUAACUAGCUAGCUGUCACCGGGUUGUUUUUGUUCUUUGUAAAAGUAAGACGUUUCUUUUUAACACAUGAGUGUGUCUCUGGUCGUUAUCCGAUUGGAGUUAGCCGAUCAGUCUCCUUAUCCACAAGGUUUCCAGUACUCUGCCGUUGAAGGCAUGUCAGAUGAGGAACUGCAGGAGAAAGCUCUGGGUGUAGCCAAACACUCUCUGAGUGGAAAGACGGAGCUGGAAAGAGCAGCUGUACUGCACCAACACAUCGGCAGCAGAGCCAUGGGGGACAUGGUUAUAGAAACCUUUGAGCCCAGCCCAGAUAAAGGAGGAGGUGAAGAGUCCGAUGGUUCAGCAGAGCAGAACCGUGAACCUCCGUCUGCUCAGCCUGAAGCAGACAGUCAGGAGGUCACAGAGGGUACGCAGGACGGCAGUGAAGCGACAGCCGCUGCUCCCGACUCCCCGUCCAAGCAGCUGCCGGACCAGAUCUCCUUCUUCAGUGGGAACCCCUCAGUGGAGAUCAUCCACGGUAUCAUGCACCUCUACAAGACCAACAAAAUGACUUCACUGACUGAAGACGUAAGACGCAGCGCUAUGGUGUGCAUCCUCACCGUCCCGGCGACCAUGACCAGCCAUGACCUCAUGAAGCUUCUGGCACCAUUUAACGAUGUCAUGGAGCAUAUGAAGAUCAUACGGGACUCUACCCCGAACCAGUACAUGGUUCUCAUUAAGUUCUGUAAACAGGCAGACGCAGACAGCUUUUACACAGCGUGUAAUGGCCGCCAGUUCAACUCUAUAGAGGACGCAGUGUGCCAGCUGGUCUAUGUGGAGCGGGCAGAAGUUAUAAAGUCUGACGAGGGAGCCAGUCUGCCGGUGAUGGAGCUGACCGAGCUGCCAAAGUGCACUGUGUGCCUGGAGAGGAUGGACGAGUCAGUCAACGGCAUCCUCACUACUCUCUGCAACCACAGCUUUCACAGCCAGUGUCUCCAGCGGUGGGAAGAUGCCUCGUGUCCUGUAUGUAGAUACUGUCAAACACCAGAACCAGUUGAAGAGAACAAGUGCUUUGAAUGCGGCGUACAGGAGAAUCUGUGGAUUUGUUUGAUAUGCGGGCACAUCGGUUGCGGUCGCUACGUUAGCCGGCAUGCCUACAAGCACUUUGAGGAAACACAGCAUACUUACGCCAUGCAGCUCACCAACCACCGUGUCUGGGACUACGCAGGAGAUAACUACGUGCAUCGGCUGGUGGCCAGUAAGUCCGACGGGAAGAUGGUGCAGUAUGAGUGCGAGGGUCAGGGAGACAUCUGCCACGCUGAGAAAAUUGAUGCACUUCAACUAGAGUACUCGUACCUGCUGACGAGUCAACUGGAGUCUCAAAGAGUUUACUGGGAGAACAAGAUCGUUCAUCUGGAGAAGGAGACAGCCGAGGAGAUAAACAACAUGAAGACUAAAUUUAAAGAGACCCUGGAGCGCUGCGACAACCUGGAGCGACGGUUUGGAGAAUUGAGCAAAGAGAAGCAGGGCAUAGAGAAAAAGUGCACUCAGAUGAACAGUCGGGUGGCGAAGCUGAGCCAAGAGCUGAAGGAGGAGCAGGAGAUGAAUCGCUGUCUGAGAGCCAAUCAGGCGCAGCUGCAGGCCCAGCUGGCAGAGGAGGAGCGCAAAGGAAAAGAGAGCGGCGAGCGUAAAGACAUGGCAAUAGCCGAGCUGCAGGAGCAGCUGAGAGACGUGAUGUUUUAUCUGGAAACGCAGCAGCAGAUUGAACACCUGUCUCCGGAGGCUCGCACUGAAAUCCAGGAGGGACAGAUCAACAUCGGAGCCAGCCCGUCGGACGGCGCUCUGGGCUCGGCAGGAGCAGGACCCUCCUCGGGCAGAGGCCGGAGAGGCCGGGGCAGGAAGAGGAAGUAGGCAGUGGGUUCAAAAAUCUACUGGAACAAUCUAGAAAACUAUGGCUGCCUCUCGGCGUGAACACGUUUUCCUUGCAUCUGUCUGCAUCAUUGUGGUUCCCCAGAAAGCACUCGGACAAGAAAUGAGGGCUUGAUGGUAGAUGCUCAAAUUCUGGAAGAGUAAAUAGUGAUGAUAUUUACCUGCUCAAUUUCCCACUUUAACUUAACGUAGCUUCCACAAGGAGAAAGGGUGAAUCGCUGAACCACAGCAGCCUUUUGAGGUUUCCAAAUCUGUUCAUCUGUGUGAUCUAUUCUGCUAUUUCCAAAUUUAAAAAGAUUAUCUAUUUUGGUCACAAGUAGCAUUUAUUGAUCAAAAUUGUGUUCAUUUGUGCCCAGUUUAAUACCCUGUAAUAGUACUAAUUAUAAAAAAGUGUGUUCGAAGUCUUUAUAUUUCUUUUAAAAUUCAAAGAUGUCACUUUGUGUUCUUUUACAUGUGCGAGCUGGUUAAAGAGAAGCUGGUAGAUGAAUGAGUUUUGCUUUGUGUAAAGGAAAAUUAUGUUUUCCUAAAUCAUUUUAGCCUUUUUUUUGUAUCUAUUCUUAAGUAAAGUGCUGAAAUGUUUGUAUGAACAAUAUUUCUCAAAUGAAUCAGGAUGGCGGCGAUAAACAGAGGAGAAACAUUUAUUUGCCGUGUUGCUUUUUAUGAUCGGUGCAGCGGCGGGAGGUCCAGGGACAGAAGCAAACAAACAGCCGCUGACAGGAAGCUUUUUGGGAGAAGCAGGAAGCAUGUUGAUCCUUUUUUUUAUCUGGGUCAGUGAUUCCCAACGAAGGGUACUUUUACCACAGGGAUACUACUGCACUGCAACGUGAGACAAACUUCAGGAUAUUUACUGUCACAACAACCAGGUUUAGGAAUGUUGAAACAUAACCGAGAGCGUUUACUUUAUUAUAGUAUUUCCAUUUUUUGCUACUUUAACCUUACCGACAUAUUCGGUAAAAAAUAUAUUUUUCACUUCACUGUUGUUUUUCUUGACAGCUACAGUUGUAAUUGUUACUCUACAUAUUCACAUUUUACAAAACACGCAUUCAUCUUUUAAUACAUGACACUUAAAUUAGAGUUCGAGCUGCAACAAUUAGCGAUGUGACAAAAAUAAAAUCAGUUAUUCAGCAUUAAAUCCAAACGUUCUUUAGUUUAAGCUUCUUUACCUUUUUGUCUUUUAAAUAAUAAAUAGUUAAUAUAAUAAUUUCAUCUCAGCCUCUAGGAAACUGCAACUCUUAUCUACUGUAGACCAAAUAAUUAAAAAAAAAAAAAGGAUCAGUUAUGAAAAUAACCAUUGCAGCUUGUUAUUAAGUUAUAUACAUUUGGUUAAGUAGUAUUCACACUAAAAUAAGCGUUCACUUGUAUUUGAGAUGUAAAUACUUCUUGGGAACCACUGAUCUGGGUCCUGUUGUCAGCUGUCCUGAAUACAAAACUCUGAACACACAACAUAUUUUGAAAACAUUUCGACCUUAGAGGUACGAACCUGAUUGAACAAGAUGUCUGCGUCUAGAGGAAGCAACAGGUGACGUGAUGAAGCGAAUCUAUUCACUCCUUUAUUCUAUUUUUUUUUGUGAGAUUUGUUUCUCAUUUAAACAUUUAACUUGCAGAAUAUUCAUGUUAAAGACCCAGAAGGCCUUAAUUACUUAACUGCUGUAGAAAGGAAUUGGCUCCUUAGGCAGGUAGAAAAAGAAGAUUAUUUUACCUGAGAGCCCUUUAUAUAAGUAUAGUAUAGUUACCAAAAAUAAUUUCCAAAAUAUGCUUUCUUGCCAGGAGUGAGCUGAGAAGAGACAAUUAAAUUAAUUGUCAACUAUUUUGAUAAUGAAUUAAAAGGUUUGAGUCAUUCUUCAGUUAUAAAAAGUAAAAAUUCUCUGAUUCCAGUUUCUUAAAUGUGAAUAUUUUCUGGUUUCUUUGCUCCUCUGUGACAGUAAACUGAAUUUCUCUGGGUUAUGGACAAGCCUGUUUACCGAAAUCCUGAACUGUUACUAAUAAAAGAGGAGAGAGGCGGCACAAACAGAGCUGGAGUUUAUAUCCGACGUGCCAGAGAGCAACCGUCACUUUACAUGUAACUUUGUUUCAAGAGAGCAGAGAUAUAUGAAGUUUCUUAGCGGAGUGUGUGCUGUUACAUUAGCUAGAUCAAUAAAAAAGGAUGUGGAUUAUGUGUCCACAACCGUGUGUGUGUGUGUGUGUUUGACAAACAUCCUAAUUGGACAGCACAAUUUCAGUCUAGAAGGAAAAGUUAUUCUCAUAGCAUUUUUUAAUCUUUUUGUUUACUAUUGAAUCCUAAUUUCAGUUUUCAUGCUCGAACGUUUAAUUAAGUGUUUGCUAAAGUUCACCUUGUUUCGAUGCAGUGGAAAAGUUAAAGAGAUGCUCUCAGGUUGCAUUUAAGUGACAGGAACACAAUGGGUUACUGCUUUAACACCUUCUGUAUUGUGCUAAAAAGAAAGAAUGUGCUCAGCUGUAGCAUCCAGCUUUGCAGCUUUCGAUGUGUGUGCUGUAGCUGACUGACUUUUACAUCUGCCCAGAGGAUGCUGCCAUGUGUGACUAAUCCCUCCUUCCUACUACAACAUUAACAGUUUACUCACAACAGCUUGUUCAAAGUAAAUUGUGUACACGGGCUGGAUGUAGCUGCAGAGACAAAUAAACUGAAAGAUGAUAA